AUGAAUUUUCUUAAUCACGUGAAGCAGUUUCAAGAUAUUGAUUCUUUACCAGUGAUAGUCAAAUUUGGUGAUGAGACAGCAGAAGGCUGGGAAUUUCAUCGUGCGUCGUGGCAUAAGUCUUGCUAUGCGAAAUUUAGCAGCUGCAAACUUGAAAAAGCAAAACUGAAAAGAAAACGCAGCAGUGAUUCGACAGAAACAAGCUCUCGCGGUAAGCGACAACGGUUGAACAGUGAGGUGUGUUUUUUGUGUGAGAAGGGAGCUCGAGAAGAUGAUGGAGAUCUCCGCCAGGUGUCUACAUUUGGGACAGACGCAAAUAUAAGAACAAUAAUAACAGAGCUUAAUGAUUCGCGACUACUUGUGAGAAUAGUUGGAGGAGAUCUUAUUGCGAUCGGAGCAAAGUAUCAGGCUAAAGGAGCGCUUGUUGGAAUACUUCAAGGAAGCUCAAGAACAGUUCGACGGCAGGAACACUUUCUUAGUUUUCAAAGAAGGAAUGCGUAACAUGAUUCAAGACGCCUUAAGGAAAAGAGACUUCUCAGAAGACGCACUAAUUUUGGCCAGGGCUGCUUCUAUAAUAAGGAAAGACAUUUUUAAUCAUGAAGGCAUUCUCUUCAACGGAUCUUUUCCGGAAAAAUGUCAAGACAUGUCACUGCCAUCAAGUCUCAAGACCCUCAUUUCCUUAAUUCUCAAUGGAUCCAACUUGAAACACCAAGAGAAGCAAGAGUCCCAAGCAUGCCUCACUAUUGGCCAGGCCAUAGUCUUUAACGCUAAGAAACGAUCAACUGCUAAACCAGAGGCAAAACCAAGACAUUCGUUAGAGCGCGAGCCACCACUCCCUGUUUACAUUGGCUUGAACAUACAUGGCCUGACCAGAAGUACCGUAUUUUCUCGAUUAAACGCCCCCGGCGUUUAUUUAAAACUUGGCCUCGGGGACCCGGCGUUUAUUUGAAGCCAGCGUUUAAUCGGGGUCCGGCGUUUAUUAAUGGAGUAAAAUUUUCAUCAUUUCUAGGUUGAUGUAUUAUUUCACAUUCUUUGAGAUCCGUGCGCAGUUUGUCAACGCGGGACGAUUUCUCCCUUGGACCCGACCUGACAUAAUGUUCCUGUAUCUCAUACAUACGGUAUUACAUACGGCAUUACAUACGGCACGUGUAUAUUGUAAUCAGUAUUUAUGCAAACAGAACAAAACGUUUAAAGUUUAAAAACGGAAAUGUCGCCAACGUCCUUUAUGUUUGUAUCAACAAACGUUCGCAAUAAUGUUUGUGUGCUAAUCGGCUAAUCUUCGUGGACAACAAUCUCAUUACGUUCUUCUUCGAAAAUGUCCGGCUCUAGGUCCGCGAAUGGGUCGUUUUCAUCUAGGGGAGCACCUCGUCCCAGCGCAGCGUAAAAUGCCACGGCCCUUUCAGUAAACUCCUCCCUCCCAUUUCUUAGUGGGCUUCUUUCUGAAAACAGUGGAUUUUCUCAUCUUCCGAUCCGUCAAUGGGUAGCGAGAUCGCACACACUUCAAAACUCUUCUUGAUAAUGUCACUUGGGAGGCUUUCCCAGGCCGCUAGUAUUCUCUCAACACAGCUGUGCCUUGAAGGUGACUUUUCAAUUUUGUUUUGUUGUAAAGCUUGUACAUCGCAGUUAAUGUUACGCCAGACUUGUUCGUUAGACAUUUAUUAAAAUAACAAAAGCAGUAUACCGUACAGUACUUGUUAUAGCAGUGCUUUUCUAGUGAAUAUCUGUACUUAUUGUCUCGACGCAAAUAAACGCCGGGACCUCGAACAAACGCCCCCGGCGUUUAUUUAAAAAUUAGCAGUUUUGACCCGGCGUUUAAACGAGGCCGGCGUUUAAUCGGGGUCCGGCGUUUAAUCGAGAAAAUACGGUAAGCAUCUUAUCAAUCAGUUACACCAGAUAGGAGUCUGCUUUUCCAACGAAAGGGUUUUACAGCUUGAAGAUUGGAUUGCCAAAGCAAUAAGCAUACGUUUUGACGAGGACGGAGUUGUAUCCCCUGUCUGCCUGAACAGAGGCCUGUUUACCGUUGGUGCUUUGGACAACCUGGAACAUAAUCCCAGUUCAACUACAUCACAAAGCUCUUUCCAUGGUACUGGUAUUAGUAUGUUCCAAUUUCCAUCCCCAAACAAGCCGGGUAAAUGUAGACCGCCUUUUACGGUUCCUCCCUCCGUGAGUGGAAAGCAUGUUCAGCUACCUGAAAUCUACACUACUGUCCCGGCUGUAGCUAUAGCAAAGUCUAACACUGUUGUCCCAGAGGUAAAGGUGGAGCAAACAAAGGUCUGCCUGGAUAAAGCCCUAGAAGUGGAAAAUGAAUGGGUGCAGAUCUCCACGCGACUUUUGAAAAAAGAAGAAAUAGAGAAAGGAGACGCUAUCGCAUAG